AUGUCAGGUUCAAGUUCAGGCUUCGUUGUUCCGCCAGGUCAAUACCCUCCGUUCGCGGUCGUCACCGAUACAGAUCAUGGAGCAUGGAUAAUUAUCACAGCCUCACUCGGACUAUGUUGGGUUCUGUUAUUUUCCGGAAUUCGUGUGUUUAUUCGACCUUCAGUUCGCCAUGGUUUAGAGCUUGAUGAGUACGCCAUUAUUGCGUCAACACUUCUUACCAUUAUUCAAUCAUCCAUCAUACUUUCCGCAUGUUCUAGCGGAUUGGGGCGGUCGAAAGAGUUACUGGCGAAUGAUACUCAAAGCACCUUACAGCGGAUGUACUAUGCCAGCAACUUAUUCUUCGUGUUGGCACUUGGCCUGUCGAAAUUAUCAGUAGGCCUGCUACUUUUACGGUUGACCAGUGUUCGUCUCCAUAAGAUAAUCUUCAUGAGUGUCAUGGCAUUCAUCGCCGUCUGGACAAUUGCAGCAUUUUUCACCUCUGCUCUUCAAUGCGAUUUAUCGCAGCCGUGGAUCAUCAUUAGUGCACGCUGCACGGAUCCGUCUCUUCGGGUCAGAAUCAUCGGAGCCUUCGAUAUCCUUACCGAGAUUUUUCUCUUUGGUAUGGCCGUCAUUCUUAUCUGGGACCUUCAAACUUCGAUCAGGAACAAAAUUCUCGUCUUGAGUGCAUUCGUUUUCCGUCUCCUGAUGAUUAUUACCACAGCCUUUCGAAUUGCUACCUUCGACUCAACAGGUUGGACUACCGAUCCAACCAUCCGCGAGGAUCUCUUCAUCGUCUGGACACAAACCGAGCUUGUUUACUCGAUCAUCUCUGCAACGAUACCCAUCCUUCGCCCGUUCAUGCAAAAUCUCAACUCACAGUUUGGUGGUAUGGGAAAGACUUCCAGUGGCUAUGGUUCUGGCUAUGGGCAUAGCUCACAAAGGGGAUAUCAGCUGUCGAACAUGAAAUCAGCUGAUCGAAGCAAAGUGCGAAACGAGAUCGAUCCUACGACUUCGACUGGAGCUUUAAAUCCUCAGCCCCAUGACUACAACUAUGAGAUCUGGUCAAACAAUGAAAUCCAGGGGCAGCCACCUGGUGAAAGGAAAUUGGAAGGACAAACUCACUCCAAAGAUGAAAUACAUGGAGACACAACCAGUGUUGAUAGCAACGACAGCCAGAGACUGAUUAUCAGGAAGGACGUAUCCUUCCAGGUACGCUAUGAUACUGCCACAUAG